UGCGGUUCUCCUGCUUGCUAACUGGGUCAGCCUUCUGAGCCACAUUGCCUCUAUUUGUAAAAUGGGUGCCACCUGGACGGUGGCAGUGAUGUCAUUGGGCCACUGGAAGCGACUGGCUGGGUGACUCGAGAGAGGCGGUCCUGGUGCAGGACCAGGGGGCGGGAUCACCUUGGGCCAGCAAGGGAAGUCCUGGUCCCCAGCCCGCUUUCGGGCCGGACGUAUGCUCACUAGCCAGCCCCCUCCUGCCUUACACCCGGUGGCGGGAGCGCUUGGGUGCGUCUUCUCCGAGGCGGCUGCCAGGCGGGCAGGGCCCCGAGCAGGCGGGGCUGAGGCGGCAGGAAGCGCCGCGCCGAGGCCGAGGCCUCUGGGAGCAAGCGGGAGACUCCGGUGGCGACCAGCUCCAGGGCCUGGGCAGCCGCGGGUAAAGGCCAGGUAACAGAAUAUAAGGCAGUUUGCUGAGUUUUCUGGGCCCUGACCUCAAGUACCAUGAGAUGGGGCCGUCAUUUGCCCAGGGCCUCUUGGGGCCCUGGUCUGGGAAGAACUCUCCAAUCAGCAGAUGAAAGAACCCCCUUCCUGAUCUACAGGCAGUGGCUUCUUAAAGGGAAGUGUCCCCGUGGGACCUCUUGGGCCUUUCUUCGCCACCACGGAAACUCAACGGGCAGUGGUCACCUACCAGGGAGGCGUGGGCAGUUGUUCCGGGGCAUCUCUACAGCUGAAUCCAUCCAGCAACACCGAAAGAACCUGGCUGAGUGGUUCAGCCGGCUGCCUAGAGAAGAGCGUCAGUUUGGCCCCACCUUUGCAUUGGACACGGUCCAUGUAGACCCCGUGAUCCGAGAGAGCACCCCCGAUGAGCUGCUUCGUCCAGCAGCAGAGCUUGCCUUGGACCACCAGCCUCCUUUGGCCAGCCUCCCACCACUGGCUCUGUCUCAGCUCUUUGACCCAGAUGCCUGUGGGCGCCGGGUACAGACAGUGGUGCUGUAUGGCACCGUGGGCACCGGCAAGAGCACACUGGUGCGUAAGAUGGUCCUAGACUGGUGUUAUGGACGACUGCCUGCCUUCGAGCUCCUCAUCCCCUUCUCUUGUGAAGACUUGUCAUCUCUGGGCCCUGCCCCGGCCUCUUUAUGCCAACUAGUGGCCCAGCACUACACUCCCCUGAAGGAGAUUCUGCCCCUGAUGCCUGAAGCUGGGUCCCGCCUGCUCUUUGUGCUUCAUGGUCUGGAGUGGCUCAACCUCGAUUUCCGAUUGGCAGGCACGGGACUUUGCAGCGACCCUAAGCAGCCAAUAACACCAGCUGCCAUCAUUGUCAACCUGCUACGCAAAUACAUGCUGCCCGAGGCCAGCAUCCUGGUAACCACCAGGCCCUCUGCCAUUGGCCGUAUCCCUAGCAAGUAUGUAGGCCGCUAUGGUGAGAUCUGUGGCUUCUCUGAUACCAACCUGCAGAAGCUCUACUUCCAGCUCCGCCUAAACCAGCCAGAUUGUGGGCAAGGUGCAGGCAUCUCUGCCACCCCAGCCCAGCGUGACAACCUGGUGCAGAUGCUCUCCCGGAACCUGGAGGGCCAUCACCAGAUUGCUGCAGCCUGCUUCCUGCCCUCCUAUUGUUGGCUUGUCUGUGCCACCUUGCAUUUCCUGCAUGCCCCCACACCAGCGGGCCAGACCCUCACAAGCAUCUACACCAGCUUCCUGCGCCUGAACUUCAGCGGGGAGAUGCUCCAUAGCACUGACUCCUCCAAGUUGUCCCUGAUGGCUUACGCAGCCCGAACCAUGGGCAAGCUGGCCUACGAUGGUGUGGCUUCCCGCAAGACCUACUUCUCAGAAGAGGACGUCCGAGGCUGCCUGGAGGCUGGCAUCAAGACAGAAGAGGAGUUUCAGCUGCUGCAUGUCUUCCGCCGAGAUGCCCUGAGGUUUUUCUUGGCCCCGUGUGUGGAGCCUGGGCACUCUGGCACUUUUGUGUUCACUGUGCCUGCCAUGCAGGAAUACUUGGCUGCUCUCUACAUUGUCUUGGGCUUGCGAAAGACCACUCUGCAGCGGGUGGGCAAGGAAGUGACUGAGGUCUUAGGCCGAGUCGGGGAGGAUGUCAGCCUGGUCCUGGGCAUUGUGGCCAAGCUGCUACCCCUCCGCAUUCUACCUCUGCUCUUCAACCUGCUUAAGGUAGUCCCCAAAGUGUUUGGGCGUGUGGUGGGUAAGAGCCGGGAGGCAGUGGCCCAGGCAAUGGUGCUGGAGAUGUUCCGAGAGGAGGACUACUAUAAUGAUGAUGUUCUGGACCAAAUGGGUGCCAGCAUCCUGGGUGUGGAGGGCCCCCGGCGCCACCCAGAUGAGCCCCCUGAUGAUGAGGUCUUUGAGCUCUUCCCCAUGUUCAUGGGAGGGCUCCUCUCGGCCUACAACCGGUCUGUGCUGGCUCAGCUCGGCUGCCCCAUCAAGAACUUGGAUGCCCUGGAGAAUGCACAGGCCAUCAAGAAGAAGCUGGGCAAGCUGGGCCGGCAAGUGCUGCCCCCCUCAGAGCUCCUGGACCACCUCUUCUUCCACUACGAGUUCCAGAAUCAGCACUUCUCUGCCGAGGUGCUCAGCUCCCUGCGCCAGCUCAACCUGGCGGGUGUACGUAUGACACCCCUUAAGUGCACAGUGGUGGCAACCGUGCUGGGCAGUGGCAGGCACACCCUGGAUGAGGUGAACUUGGGCUUCUGCCAGCUGGACAGUGCAGGGCUACGUACACUUACACCAGUCCUCCUGCGCGCCCGAAAGCUAGGCUUGCAACUCAACAACCUAGGCCCUCAGGCCUGCAGGGACCUUCGAGACCUGCUGCUGCAUAACCAGUGCCAAAUCACCACCCUACGGCUAUCUAACAACCCACUGACGGCAGAGGGUGUGGCCUUACUGGUGGAGGGACUGGCAGGCAACGCCUCACUGACACACCUGUCCCUGCUGCACACGGACCUGGGGGAUGAGGGCCUGGAGCUGCUGGCAGCCCAACUGCAGCGUAACCAAGGACUCCAGGAGCUGAAUGUGGCCUACAAUGGCGCUGGGGACACGGCGGCUCUCGCCCUGGCCAAGGCUGCCUGGGAGCACCCAUCUCUGGAGCUGCUGCACCUCUACUUCAAUGAGCUGAGCUCAGAGGGCCGCCAGGUCCUGCGGGACUUGGGGGCAGCCACUGAAGGUCGUGCGCGUGUUGUGGUGUCGCUGACAGAGGGGACAGCGGUGUCUGAGUACUGGUCAGUGAUCCUCAGUGAAAUCCAGCGGAAUCUCCACAGCUGGGACCGAGGCCGGGUCCGGCGACACCUGGAGAUGCUGCUGCGGGACCUGGAGGACAGCCGAGGUGCCACCCUCAACCCAUGGCGCAAGGCCCAGCUGCUACGGGUGGAGGGAGAGGUCAGGGCCCUCCUGGAGCAGCUGGGGGGCCCUGGGAGCUGAGGCCA